AGGCCGCUUCCGGUGGAGCGGAGGUUGGUGGCGGCCGAGGCCGUCGGCGGGGCCGGUUUUGGGUAGGGGGGCGGGAGGUUUCGCGGUGUGUCUUUCUGUGUCGGCGCCUCGUUCGUCGUCAUGUCGGCCCUGGAGAAGCAGCUGCACCUGGGCCGUCUGCCGCCGCGGCCCCCGUUGCCCGGUGGCGGCGGCCAGUCCGGCUCCAAGAUGCGCAUGGGCCCUGGAAGAAAGCGUGAUUUUUCACCAGUGCUUUGGAGCCAGUACUUUGAAUCUAUGGAGGACGUUGUGGUAGAAAAUGAAACUGGCAAGGAUACUUUUCGAAUUUACAAAAGCGGAUUGGAGGGACCUGUCUUGCUGCUGUUACACGGUGGAGGCCAUUCUGCUCUUUCCUGGGCUGUAUUUACUUCUGCAAUCAUUAGCAGGAUUCAGUGUAGGAUUGUGGCUUUAGAUCUCCGAGGCCAUGGAGAAACAAAAGUUAGGAAUCCUGAAGAUCUGUCUGCAGAGACUAUGUCAAAAGACGUUGGGAAUGUGGUUGAAGCUCUGUAUGGGGACCUUCCCCCCCCUAUCAUGCUGAUCGGGCACAGCAUGGGGGGUGCCAUCGCAGUGCACACGGCCGUCGCCAAUUUGGUGCCAAGUUUACUGGGUCUGUGCAUGAUCGACGUUGUGGAGGGUACAGCUAUGGACGCGUUGAACAGCAUGCAGAACUUCUUAAGGAGUCGUCCCAAAACAUUCAAGUCGCUUGAGAAUGCCAUUGAGUGGAGUGUAAAAAGUGGACAGAUAAGAAAUCUUGAAUCUGCCAGAGUUUCUAUGGUCGGUCAAGUCAAACAGUGCGAAGGGGCUGCCAGUCCUGAAUGUCCUAAAGCCAUAGUGGAGGGUAUUAUUGAAGAAGAGGAGGAGGAGGAAGAGGAUGAGGAAGGGGGAGGCUCUGUCAACAAAAGGAAGAAAGAAGAUGACACAGAGACAAAGAAGGAGCACUUAUACACAUGGCGAAUUGAACUGGCGAAAACAGAAAAGUACUGGGAUGGCUGGUUCAGGGGUUUAUCUAACCUCUUCCUAAGCUGCCCAACUCCAAAGCUUUUGCUUUUAGCUGGUGUUGACAGGCUGGAUAAAGAUCUAACAAUUGGACAGAUGCAAGGGAAGUUUCAGAUGCAGGUCCUCCCACAGUGUGGCCAUGCAGUCCAUGAAGAUGCUCCAGACAAGGUUGCUGAAGCUGUUGCGACGUUCCUGAUCCGUCACAGGUUUACAGAGCCCAUCGGUGGAUUCCAGUGUGUGUUUCCUGCUUGUUAAUAUCCUGGUGUUCUCCAGCACUGAGUCCUGUUGUAAAUAAAACUGCACCAGAGGCCACUGUGAUGUAUCCAUAUCCUUUCAUCUCUCCAGUUCAGCAGCAGUGAGAAGUUGGUGUGAGGUUCAUCCCCUAGAACUAGUUCUCCAGAAUGUGUAAAUGCUUAGGGACUUCCUUGCUGGGAAGCAGCUUGUACUGAAGACCAUGAAAAGCUCUUCAGGCCCUUGGAAACAGGCUCCUCUCUGCUGCCACAAGGAAAGACCUCCUGGAAUCCCAAGUAGUCGAUCAUACCGAUCUCCGUCGAUUCUCAGGCUUUCUUGGACCCAACGGCAAAGGGGCCGUUGGCAAUCCAGAUCCACCGAGGGCAUUGCAGCAUAGCCAAAGGCUUCAGGAUUUCUCCAUGGAAUUGUCUAACCGUCUUUGAAGUGCCCCUUAGGUUUGUUUUUUAUAUACACGUUUCUUUCCCCUAAAGCAGAUGAGGAAUCGGCUUCGUUGGGAGCUCAGGUUUCGUCUCACCAGUGCCAGCCUUACGAGUUAAUCUGCGGGAACAGCCUAGAUACUACCUUCCUGUGCAAUGUCGGACAGGACUGUAAAACCAAAAGGCGAGGGGGGACCGUGAGCUCCAUUUCAGUCUUGCAGCUUUCUUAAUACUUGUUUCAGUUUCUCACUGAGAAAAAGAGCCUGGAUAACUCCGUCUACCGCAGACACAUUAACAGAAGCAGCGGUAACAACGCAGUUCUCUGGAAUGUGUUUGUGCUUCCCUUCUUGUAGCUGCUACACACAACUGAGCAGAGAUCGACGCCUUUUGGAUGAAAAAAAAAAAAAUAUGCAAAAAGCGCAGUAAAUAAAACCCUGGAAGAGCUUGGAGUCAGUCCUGCUGGUGUUGAUGCAGAGGUGUAGGCAGCUGCUGCUGCUUUAUGCUCUCCCCCCCGCCACCCAGUACUGGAGGAAAGACCUUGUUUUCACUGUCACUUCCUAGAUCCUUUCGCUGCCUGCCUUCCAUAUUUCCAUGUAAAUGCAGUAGUUACACAGAGAGCUUUUCUUCAGGGUUAAACUAUCCACAGACAGUUCGUCAGAUUGCUUUCACCUAAGAAUCACUCUUGAGCGUAAGAGCAGACACGUUUUGGAGCAAUUUUCCUCAAUAUGUUGCUGGUGGAUGUCUGAAAUCUUUUAUUUUUUGCCUUGUGUCCGUAACCCCUUGAUGCUGUAUGAUGAAAGCAGUAUUUUAACGCUGUUUUGCUGAGGCAUAGUUCUGUUGUUGGCCUGAUUUGGGAGCUGCGAUGUGCAUCUGCGUGUCUGUCCUGUGACAAGAGCCAUCGGGAAUUCUUGGCGUUUGAGAGGUGCAGGUGGGGCAAAGGCAGACAGUGUGAAGAGCUGGCAAAGCCCGUUUUAACCUUGGCGUUUACCCUGAUGGAGAGUCAUCUCCUCGGAUUCAUUCGCGUGUGAGCCCUGGAUACCCUGAGCUCUGCGUCCCUUCUCCCCUGACGCAUCAGGGUGGGAAAUGGCCGAAUUAGAGACAAGAAAACCUCAUUCCAGAGAGCUCUUCUCUCUCCUGGCACUUUGGUCACCGCACUCAGGUGUUAAAAGAGCAAUUGCUGGCUCCCGGCGCUUCCCCCCGUAAGUCACCGUGUUAAUUAUUGCAUUAGUUUACUGUGACCUUGAUGUAACGUCCACCCCUGGUUUAGUUGCCGAUGGAUUAAAUGGAUCUUCAGUAGUUGAGAUGCAAAAUAGCACUUUCCCCAGCUCUAUCCUGAAGAUUUGGCAAAAUUCUCGGUCCUUUCCAGAUGAUUCCUGUGUUCAAAUUGUUAGAGAUUAAAUAAUUCAGUGUGUGUGUCCAGAGUCUCUCUUCACGGGAUAGUUAAGCAUGUGCCUGUUGUCGUACUCAUGAAUGAUCUCGGUGAAGUCACAUUCCUCCGUGCUGAAGUAACUUGGAGGAUCCGGCUUUGAGUGAUUCGUUGCGGUAACUCCUUGCGUUUGCCUCUCAACGUUAUCCUUUUCAUUUGCUUUUACCGUUUGUGAGAUAUUAAAAAAAAAAAAAAAACACAAAAAACUCCAUGGAAAGCAAAAGAAAAUCGGUUUUGUAUUCUGUAGAAGCACCAUUGGGAAAACGAAUGAAUGUUUCUGAAUCCUGUGGGCUCCCCAGAAUUAUAUUUUGUUGUUACCAUUUGAGAAGUGAGUGAAAAAAAAAAUAAAUAUUUCAACAGCCUGGUCAAUGUGGCAUUGCUCCGUGCCAAGCUCUCGGUCCUGACUUGCACAGAAAUAGGCAGCUCGCGUCGUGCCGGCUUCAAAAAAAGGUGACUGCAGGGACAGCAGCAAUAGCGGGGGGUGGGGGGGGGUGGGUGGAGGGGGAAUUCCUUUCGGCUGUCUCGAGCCAAAUACCAUUUUUAAGACUGUGCUUUUGUCUGAAAAAUAGUUAAUGCUCCUGUUGCAGUUUCUUCCCCCUUUUCUGAGCGCUACAGGCAGAGAUAAAUGGGAUUUAGGUGCAGGAUCUCCCCGACCGUGGUAAAAGCUGCGGAGAGAAGUGGUGUUUUCUUUGACUCAUGAAAAAUGGGGACAUCUAGAAAACUCCCCCGUAACUUCCAGCUUUUCACUGCGUUUUUCCACGGUCCACGGCAUUGUACCGGCUCUGUAAAAACAGAUAAACAGGAGGAGGUUUCCUGAAUUGAAAAGGUGCUGGUUUUAGGCCGCCGCUUUUGAUUCUUUAGAAAUCUCUCUUGCUUUUGUUUCAGUUGUUGGAUUGAGGAUCGGUGGAAACUUUCACAAUGGAAAAUCCCAAGGCUUGGCAGGAACGGAAGAUGCCGUUUGGGGGAGGCUGCUUUGUUGCAGGAUUCACUUAAAUUUUUCAUAUCAGACCCAGGCGGGGUUUUGCCAGCUCCUGUGUUACAUGCACCGGACAAAACCCUCGGUGACUUGUAGAUUCCAGGAGCAUUGCGAUUGCUGGAAAAAAAGGUAUUUCCUGUAUUGCCAAAGCGUGUAGUCUUGCUUUGUAUACAGAUCCUGCGAACGCAGAGCUUGGCUGCGUGUCUUUUCAGAAGAGAAGGCUCCGGGGAGACCUUAGAGCCCCUUCCAGUCCCUGAAGGGGGCCUACAGGAAAGCUGGGGAGGGGCUGUUUGCGAGGGCAUGGAGCCACAGGACGAGGGGCAAUGGUUUAAACUAGAGCAGGGCAGGUUUAGAUCAGACAUUAGGGAGAAGUUCUUUACACUGAGGGUGGUGAGACACUGGCCCAGGUUGCCCAGAGAGGUGGUGGAGGCCCCAUCCCCGGAGACAUUCAAGGCCAGGCUUGAUGAGGCUCUGACCAACCUGGUCUAGUUGAAGAUGUCCCUGCUCACUGCAGGGGGGUGGGACUAGAUGGCCUUUAAAGGUCCCUUCCAACCCAACACAUUCUAUGAUUCUUUGCACAUGCUCAAGCCGAGUUCCUCCCUGCUGGUGUUUUGAAAACGCUUUUAGUGACCGGGGUGAUCGAUACGUACCGACGCGGACACUCAGUGCUGCAAUGGUUGCUGAAUCACAUUGCUACACAGAGCUUGCUUUUUUAAUUUUUUUUGAGCCUUUUCUUUUUUUUUUUUUUUUGUCUUCAGCCUGUCCUGGUCCAGGCGUGAAGCAAGCGGGAGGUGAUACCAAAGCCAAUUCAAAAUACCGAUGUUUAUUGCGACUGGAGGUCACUUUCUGUGCAGCCGAGACACCCUCUGGAAAAAAAAAAAAAUAAAAAAAGCACUACAGUAAAGCAGGGAGUGACUUGUAAACGGAGAUGGCGGUCGGGGGGCUCUGAGAGGUAACUUCUAAACUGAAGUUUAGAAGUCGGGGAGCUCUCAGAGGUGGUGGUGGUGUGGUAGAUCCCGUCGGUACCACCAGGAGCCCAGCAAAUACUGCACUGGGGCAGUUCAGAGGGGAACCUCCUUGAUUUUCUUCUCUCUGCAGGGCAGGGCUGAGCCAUUGCAAUAGGCAAAGUCGCUCGUUGGCUUCUCCUUCAGCGAGACCAUCCCAGGACUUCGCAGACUUUUAUCAGUGUCCUGCCACGUUCAGCGAGGUCCUCAGUGAGCGGGUGAGCAGCCGGUAGUAGACAGAGAGAGAGCAAACGGCUUUGUGCUGAUGUUCUCCACCUCCUCGACUUCAGUGCUGCUGUUUCUCCUCCCCUCCGCUAUUGCCUUUUAUCUUGAGUGUUGAAGGGCCUGGGAGGAGAGACCUUCAGAGGUGUCUGGUGAUCAGCCAUUCACUGGUUUGAACUGGUGCUCAACCGUCCUGAAGAUCUAGA